AUGAAUCGAGAGCGGUGCCCGCAUUUCCGGAAUUUACUUGAUGACUACAACUACAGCCUUUCGAUUGCUACACUUUAUGUCGGAGUGACAUGGACUGAGCCGUUUGAGUACUGUGCCUUGAUUACAAAUAAUGUUCUGAAGCAUAAGUUGAUAGUGGUGAUUAUUCGGGUCUGGCAGUUCAAAAUAGAAACGUUGUGGACACUACCAACAUCUCGUCAACGAAGUGUGUUUUGCAAUACCAAUAUUCACCUUCGUCAGUUCAACAAUGUCGUUACCUUCACCACUGAAUAUGCGAUGGAAAGGCAUUGUUUCUUUGCGCAACGAAGGGGUUUCGGAGAGUGGCAUCGAUGCUUCGAGGUGGUGUCAGAGAAUACCCUCGCUUGCUGGUCGAAUUCGAUCUUCAAGAUCCGUAUUGACGACAAAACACUAUUCAAUGAUGGAGAUAUCGUGUCAUUAGAAGGUGACGUUGCUGCUCCCAACGAUGAGUCUAAUACGGUAGUCAUCGUCCAAGGACCUCUCCUCAAGAGAUCGCCGGAAUGGCUUGCGUUAUCUGACUUGAAAGUAAACUUAAUCAGCGUUUCUGGACGUGGCUAUGUCCUGGAGCGCAACAUUGGAGAAGGACUCUGGAGCACCCUUUUAGUAGAACAUAAUGUAUGGGUGACUAUGGUGAGGCAUUUACAUUCUCUGGCCUUGAUUGUGACUGAUUUUGGGGCAGUGGGGGAGAUAUAUGGCAUUCAAGGUUAUAUACGUCGAUCUUGGCAAUACUGUGAUCCCUUCUCCUCCGCAAGCGCUCCCAGAAUCAACUGUCCGAUUGGAGGGAACGGUUCUAGAAUGGUCGAGGGAAGCGAAUAUGUGGACAGUGCACUGGGCUUCGCGUCUAGCUUUGGGAUUGGGGAGGCGGAGAUGCGAAACAUUGAUGUCGAGAUUUUCAACCUGAAGGAUUGGUCGCCUGAUACCGAUAUUGGGAAAAGGAUCUCAUGGAAGCACACCAAAAAUGAAGUGGCUUGCGCUGUGGCAAUGAUUACUAUUGCUAUCGUUGCCAAGUGUGGAGACAACGAUAUGGUUCAGUAA